CUCCAGCGGCCCAGCGCGCGUCCCCGCAUGCGCAUGCGUCCAUGUGCUGGGAGGAAAAAAGGGAACGCGCUGUAACAGUGAGAAAGCGUUCCAGUAAACCGCUAUAUCUGCGUGAGGACUUCAUACCCGCCACGCCAACAGUAAACUACUCUCCGCGGUUCUUGCUUUCACUAUAUUUCUUCAGAGGGAUGAGCUUUAAUGCUCACGCCACAUCCUCGCUUCUGUCCGUGUGUGCGCUUUGCUGGCGGACGCAUAUUUCUCGUUUUCCCACGCAGUGAUUAUCACCAAAAGCAACGUGAACUUGGUGGCAACAUCACUGUACAGGACAACAGGCUCGCUCCACGGAUUAAACCUCAUCUGUCGGGCAGCAGUGCUGCAUGGUGCCUUAGGCUUGUCCCAGUUCUCCUCUUCUUCAUCUCCUUUGUCACAUACUACUGUUCCUAUGCCAUACUUCAAAGCUACGGAGGCACCAGCAAGUCUCUGAACAGUAGCAAGUCGCUGUGUGGUGGCUGGCUAACCCAGAAGAAGUGGGAGAGCCUUAACUUUAACAUUAGCAGACAGACACAGCUCUUUCUGAAACUGGAGGAUUUUUUCUGGCGGGAGCAUCUGUCAAAUCUGGCAUUACCUUAUGGCAUUAAGGGCAGUGAGCUGCUGCUACUGAAAGUCCUGGCUGUAACUGCAAAUUAUCAGUUGCCAGCCAACAUUGAAAACCUUGAAUGCAGAACCUGUGUAGUCAUAGGCAAUGGUUUUGCCAUUAAAAACAGCUCCUUGGGAGGCAUCAUCAACAAAUAUGACGUGGUCAUUCGGUUGAAUGAUGCCCCAGUGAAAGGCUAUGAGGAGGACGUAGGAAACAAGACCACCAUGAGGUUCUUCUACCCCGAGUCGGCCUCUUACAACCCUGGACUGCACAACGAGCCUGGAACACUUAUGGUCAUGGUGCCUUUCAAGCAGCAAGAUCUACGGUGGCUCAAAGAGAUCCUCUAUAAUGAGAAGAGGGUCAGGAAAGGCUUUUGGAAGCCCCCUCCCCAAAUCUGGCUUGGUGACGUCAGUAAAAUCAGAGUGCUGGAUCCCCACUUUCUGCACCAGACUGCCGACAGACUGCUCCGGAUCCCUCAGCAUCCCAAAAGUAAACAGAAGCCAGUGCAUCCUACCACGGGUAUCCUCGCUGUGUUUGUAGCUCUUAACUACUGUGAUGUGGUCCACGUAGCCGGUUUUGGAUACCCUAACUCAAAGAGCCAAAGGCACCCUAUCCAUUACUAUGGAUAUGACACCAUGAAGUCUAUGAAGAAUUCCUACCAUGACCUCAAUCAUGAAGCUGAAGCCUUAAAAAGACUGGAGGAUUCAGGAGCCAUUUUAUACCUGCACCCACAUUUAUGAUACACACACUUUUCCAGUCGAUUUAAUCCCAAAAAAUACUAAACACCAAAUCAUAUUUGAAUUUGGACGGGUCACCCGAUCCAGAUUACAUCCUAAUGUGCCUUCUGCAGUGAGAUACAAGACAUUUUGUUGGUGCAUUAAAUCAUAAGUGUCAUAGAUCAAGCUCUGAUGAAUGUUUAUUUACUUGGCACCUUAUAUUCUGUACAACUGAAAGACCAGAAAAGUGAUUUAACUGCUUUUUAAACAGCUUUUCUUCGAUUUGCCAUGUAGAAUAACCUUGGCUAAGCACUAACGAUUAAAGGUUACUGCGUAACGAUUAAAGGUGUGUAACAUUUCUGGGUUUUGAAUCAUGACUAAAAUUUAGUUUACACUAACUGUACACGUGGUGACCCAGUUACAUCAGAUUAUGUGGGAUAUUGGAUAGUUCCAAUGCUCUGAUGUUGUUUUUAAGGCUGUGUAAUAACGUGGGUUUAUGAAUGCCACAUCGUAGGAAUUAAGCAUUUCAGAUAUACUGUUUGAAUGUUUUUUGUUUUCUGUCCAGAGAUUCAAUGCCUAUCACUAAGAUGUAAAACUAAUCAACCCGGAUUAUUUCUUGCUGUAAACACUCACUGUGGUUUAAGAUUCAUUUUCAGUUUUAUAAAUUCAGUUUUUUCUUAUGAACUAAAAAUCAGCUUUAAGGUGAAGGGUGUGUUAGAAUCUAUGGGGAUUUUUUGAGAACUGUACUUUCAAUGUCUUUUAGUUUCAAUGAAAGGAAAAUGACCUGAUUACAAACCUGAUUUACACAGUUAGCUGGAUUAGGGUGACGUUUCUUUUAGAUUUCUUGGACUGGAAAUACUAUUUGUAUUUUGCUCAUUGUUUUAAUUCACAUCAGUUGUCUUUGUUUUUUAAUUUAUUUAAUCUUUUUGUUUUUCAAAACUUUACUGGUAAAUGGUACCACUGGAUAUUUUUUAUUGUACAGAAUUAAAUAAAAUUUUAAUAAAGAGGAAAUCAAAAUGAA